GGCUGGACGCAGGCUAAAGCACUACUAGCAUCAACAUGUUUUGCAGCUUAAUUUUAAGUACAAAAGCGCCGAUCGAGUCGAUGGAAUAGGAAGGUGUCUUAGGCUGCUAGCAUGGCUCUCGUCUGACCACGGAACGCCUAGUGUGUCCGAAAUCAGUAUUUAGAACUACAACCGGGCUAUGGGAUUACAAGACGCCCCCCCUCGGGCUAUCGACAUUCCUUUCAAUCUUCAUACAAAGAAGUACCGAAUUUCCCCUUCCUACAUAACGCCCUUGGUUCCCGAAUAUGCUUCCUACGCCUAGCCUGCGUGCAUCCGGGUUCGAAGUUUUUACUCUGUAACAGAGUAAAAACUAUGAUACCGGAUGCACGCAAGCUACGCCGGCUUAUUGGUCCUGUUGACCGAGUCUCAUAUUACACGUCACAUGUUAUGUCCGCUUAAGCACGGUUCGGAAGGUUCUUGAUCAGUGUGCGAGUUUUUACGUGGAAGACGAAGCUAUGAGAAAAGCAAAGUGUACCUCACUGAGAACGAUCUUUUUGUCCGAAAAAGACCUAAAUUUUAAUUGCGUGCCCAGAGGGAGCAGGCUGAAACAGGCGGAGCGAGAGGGGAGAGUCCAAACCUUAGACCUGGCCACCAAUCACUCCAGCGAGGAUGUCCUAAGCAUCCUAAAAUCAAAAUUUCCGACGCUACGUAAUGAACUGGAGUUGCCAAAGAGACUUCAGUUCCUUCAGCCAGGGGCACAAGGCAACAACGGCUGGAAUGUUGCCUUUUACGGGGUCCCUACUGGCCAGGAAAUUUACAAUGCGUUCAAUCGAACGAAAAGGAUGUAUUUCUGUCUAAGGACAAAAGAUUUAAGCAGCAGCACCACCCCAACACCAGGGGCGACCAAGAAGUCAUCCCCAAGGUCAUCAAAAAAAGGGAAGAUGAUAUUCAAAGAUAUUGCAAAUGGCAAAGCUGCAUUUCCGGCCACCAGUGAUGAAGGUGACGACAGCGAUGAAUAUAAUCAACCACUAAGCACUCCAAUAAAGAAAACAGAUUCCUCUAAAGUCCUUAGUAUAAACCCUCCUGGAAAAGGCAAGAAACCUGAAAAGCCCUCUAAAGUCCACCUCAGAGGUAGUCCAUCUUCAUCCCCUUCUAGUGGGGACGACCUUGUACCUGUUCUUGAAUACAAGGAAGUCAAAGAGAAGAGCGAGUUGAAUGCCCUUAGCAACCCUGGAAAGGGAAAAUCAACGGAUCCCUCUAAAGUCCAUGACAGAGAUCCAUCACCCUCCUCCAGCGAUGAAUAUAAUCAAUCCCUCAGCACUCCCAUAAAGAAAACAGCGUCCUCAAAAGGAGAAUUCUUAAAGGAAAUAAAUUUGCACUCAAGUUUUGGAGUUGUUGUUGGAACAGUAAGGGAGGAUGAGUAUGAGUUUGGUUUUCUGAACCAAAGCAUCACAAAGGGCCAGAUGUGGUAUCACACACAGGCACUUGGGGACCUGUGUGUGGUACUCGAAAAUUACCAUCAGGCAUGUAUACAAGCCAAGUACUCUGGCAGAUCAUUGCUUAUCUGCUCAGGGGUUGAACCAGAUGAGCCAGCCAACUACAUGCUGGCAAGUUUCUUCAGGGAUGUCGAAGACUUGGAGGUCAAACCUCUGCUAUGUGUGUGUUUCGAAGGCACAGAUGAUGAGAGGGCAGUAUCCAGAAAUCAUGGCCAUGGGAGGGAACCAAUACUGUUGGUGUUGCGUGCUAUUGGUUCCAACCUAGGAGUUGUUGCCCGUGCAGAAGAUGUCAAUCUCAGCACUUUUGAUGGAAGGGUCAUCCUCAAAGCCCUAAGCAUAAAGGAAAAAAAGGAAAAAAAGAAAAAGAGAAGGAAUAAAGACAACAAGAAAACUGUUGAUCACAAGACUGGCUAUGAUCCUGACAUGGAUUCUAAAUCAGAUACGGGCGAAGAGCAUGAGGUUCACUUCAAAAGUGAAUUGUUGCAGACUUUCAUAGGGGGCAAUGACACCACAAUAGAAAACAACAAGCAACUCAUGAAAAGAAAAGCUAGGGGCAAAGCAAGCAGAAAAGCAAAGAAGUUCAACAAGGGGAAAGAUAUUUAGUAGUUGACACCAAAAUUGGCAGUAGAUCAGUAAUUAUAAAUGAGUAGUUUAGUUAGAUACUCAAGACCUCAUCAUCAUUUUAGUUGCACUUGUACCAAAGCUAUUGAGUUUUUUUCACAAUAGAAAAUAUAGGACAAAAAUGAAAA